UUUCAUAAAAUACUUAUAGCCAAUCAUGAGCGAACAGUCGGCUCAGAAAGCACCAAACCAGCUCUUUAGGAGCGUUGAGCAGAUCGCAGACCAGCAGAGAAGGAAGUCUACUAAAAUGAUAUUUCCAGAAAGUUUAUUUUUCUGUUUAAGAGCAUGAGAUUUCUCAAAGACUAGUUUUGAUGCUUACCAGAGAGAACAUAGGUCUCUAUUUUUACACUCUUUCUACCCGAUGUAUGCGAUUCCAUUAGCAUGAGCAGUGAGUUAUGACAUGAAAUCCAUCCUUGCAUUUCCUGUAGUGUGCCUUCUAACCACUUUGUAUUUUUAUUUCCAAAAUUGUAAGGACAUAAAAUACACAAUGGUUGAUGCAAAUUUGGGUAUUUUUUCUACAGCAAAGCUUAAGAUGAAGCAAAGGCAAGAAAUGAUGCGGUUUCUUUGUUGGAAGUAUUCCUCACAGUCCAAGCAGAUAGAAACCCUGGACGAUAUCGAGCAGAUGCUCGAUACCGAGCUUGCUCUGCUAUCUAAGCGUAAAGAGUAUGCCUAGUUGAUUCAAAAUAUGGUAAAAUC